AUGAUCCUGGCCGCCGCCGCCGCCAGCAGCAGCGCCAGCAACGGCAGCAGGAGCCCCGGCCCCGCGAGCAGGAGGGCGAGGCCCCCCGGAGGAGACGCGCUCAGGGCCCGGGCCGCUCGGAUCCCUGCUGUCACCGGGCUCGGCGCAGUCCCAUGGCCGCGCCGCUGCGCGCCCCUCGCUCGGCCUCGCGACCCCGGCUGCCCCGCGGCGGCGGCGGCGGCGGAGGCACCGCGAACCCGCCGUUCGACCUCCGAAGCGACGCGGAGGCGGAAGCUGGCAAGGCCCCUCCUGCCAGCUCCUCUGAGCCCUGGGAGCGCACGUGACGUCGCGCUGCGCGUGCGCACUGGUCGUAGACGGCCGGGCAGGUUUCGGCGAGCUGGGCGGCGCGGAGGGAUACUAGAGGAAGACAAAAUACUCACUAACUCAUUCUAUGACACUGUUAUAACCUUGAAACCAAAGCAGUGGCCCAGAGAGCUUUCAGAGAAUGAGUUUCUCCAGCUUUGUCCAGUACUCUGUGCAAAAAACUUGGUGAAAAAGGAUUUUUUCCGGCUUCCUGAUCCAUUUGCUAAGGUGGUGGUUGAUGGAUCUGGGCAGUGCCAUUCUACAGAUACUGUGAAGAAUACACUUGAUCCAAAAUGGAAUCAGCAUUAUGACCUGUAUAUUGGAAAGUCUGAUUCAGUUACGAUCAGUGUAUGGAAUCACAAGAAGAUCCAUAAAAAACAAGGUGCUGGCUUUCUUGGUUGUGUUCGUCUUCUUUCCAAUGCCAUCAACCGCCUCAAAGACACUGGUUAUCAGAGGUUGGAUCUAUGCAAACUUGGGCCAAAUGACAAUGAUACAGUUAGAGGACAGAUAGUAGUAAGUCUUCAGUCCAGAGACCGAAUAGGCACAGGAGGACAAGUUGUGGACUGCAGUCGUUUGUUUGAUAAUGAUUUACCAGAUGGCUGGGAAGAAAGGCGAACUGCCUCUGGAAGAAUCCAGUACCUAAACCACAUAACAAGAACUACGCAAUGGGAACGCCCAACACGACCAGCAUCUGAAUAUUCUAGUCCUGGCAGACCUCUUAGCUGUUUUGUUGAUGAGAACACUCCAAUUAGUGGAACGAACGGUGCAACAUCUGGGCAGUCUUCAGAUCCCAGACUGGCAGAGAGGAGAGUCAGGUCACAACGACAUAGAAAUUACAUGAGCAGGACACAUUUACAUACUCCUCCAGACCUACCAGAAGGCUAUGAACAGAGGACAACACAACAAGGUCAGGUGUAUUUCUUACAUACUCAGACUGGUGUGAGCACAUGGCAUGAUCCAAGAGUGCCUAAGGAUCUUAGCAACAUCAAUUGUGAAGAGCUUCGUCCAUUGCCUCCUGGAUGGGAGAUCCGGAAUACAGCAACAGGCAGAGUUUAUUUCGUUGACCAUAACAACAGAACAACACAGUUUACAGAUCCCCGGCUCUCUGCUAACUUGCAUUUAGUUUUAAAUCGUCAGAACCAAUUGAAAGACCAGCAACAGCAGGUGGUAUCGUUGUGCCCUGAUGACACAGAGUGUCUGACAGUCCCACGGUACAAACGAGACCUGGUUCAGAAACUAAAAAUUUUGCGGCAAGAACUUUCCCAGCAACAGCCUCAGGCUGGCCAUUGCCGCAUUGAGGUUUCCAGGGAAGAGAUUUUUGAGGAAUCAUAUCGACAAGUCAUGAAAAUGAGACCGAAAGAUCUCUGGAAGCGAUUAAUGAUAAAAUUUCGUGGAGAAGAAGGGCUUGACUACGGAGGGGUUGCCAGGGAGUGGUUAUAUCUCUUGUCACAUGAAAUGUUGAAUCCUUACUAUGGCCUCUUCCAGUAUUCAAGAGAUGAUAUCUAUACAUUGCAGAUCAAUCCUGAUUCUGCAGUUAAUCCGGAACAUUUAUCAUACUUCCACUUCGUUGGACGAAUAAUGGGAAUGGCUGUGUUUCAUGGACAUUAUAUUGAUGGUGGUUUCACAUUGCCUUUUUAUAAACAGUUGCUUGGGAAGUCCAUUACCUUGGAUGACAUGGAGUUAGUUGAUCCUGAUCUUCAUAACAGUUUAGUGUGGAUACUUGAGAAUGAUAUCACAGGUGUUUUGGACCAUACCUUCUGCGUCGAACAUAAUGCCUAUGGUGAAAUUAUUCAGCAUGAACUUAAACCAAAUGGCAAGAGUAUCCCUGUUACUGAAGAAAAUAAAAAAGAAUAUGUCAGAGCACAGGCUCCGGACGCACCGGCUCAGCGGCCAUGGCUCACGGGCCCAGCUGCUCCGCGGCAUGUGGGAUCUUCCCGGACCGGGGCGCGGGCCCGUGGCCCCUGCAUCGGCAGGCGGACUCUCGGCCACUGCGCCACCAGGGAAGCCCACCAAAUACAGUUUUGAGGGACUUUCCUGGUGGUGCAGUGGUUGGGAGUCCGCCUGCCGAUGCAGGGGACAUGGGUUCGGGCCCUGGUCCGGGAGGAUCCCACAUGCCGCGGAGCAACUAAGCCCACGUGCCACAACUACUGAGCCUGCACUCUAGAACCCAUGAGCCGCAACUACUGAGCCCGCAUGCUGCAACUACUGAAGCCCAUGUGCCUAGAGCCCGUGCUCCGCAGCAAGAGAAGCCACUGCAAUGAGAAGCCUGCGCACUGCAAUGAAGAGUAGCCCCUGCUCGCCAUAGCUAGAGAAAGCCUGCGCACAGCAAAGAAGACCCAACACA